UCAUAUUUUUAUGUUUUUUUGAAUAGCACUUUUUCUUAUUUGAUUACAAUAAAUGAAUAAAUAGGCUAACUUUGUGUAACAAAAUUUGGAGACCAACCCAAACUCUCUAAUUUUUGUUAUCUUUCUGGGAUUUCCCAACUUUUUAAUUUUUGGUUGAUCUAGAAAUCUAAGUAGCACUUGUCUUUUGCUAUUAUUUUUUUUAUAAGCUUGCGUUAUCUACACGUCUUUCUCACUCAAUACUUUGAAACAUUGCAAAAUUCUAUCAAUUGUAUUUUUAUUAUCACUAUUUUAUUGCACAAUUAUUCCUUGAAAAUGGAAAAUAAUAAUAAUACAGGAAGUAAAUUCAAAAGGGUUUGUGUAUUUUGUGGGAGUAAUCCUGGUUAUAGACAAGUUUUCAGUGAUGGUGCCAUUGAUUUGGGCAAUGAACUGGUGAAAAGGAAGGUGGAUUUGGUUUAUGGUGGUGGAAGUGUUGGAUUAAUGGGGUUAAUUUCCAGGAGAAUGUUUAGUGGAGGCUGCCAUGUUUUGGGUGUCAUCCCUCAUGCUCUCAUGCCUAUAGAGAUAUCUGGAGAAACUGUAGGGGAAGUAAGAAUUGUUGCAGACAUGCAUGAAAGAAAAGCUGAAAUGGCUCGAGAGGCUGAAGCUUUUAUUGCUCUUCCUGGUGGGUAUGGUACAAUGGAAGAGAUGUUGGAGAUGAUAACCUGGGCUCAGCUCGGAAUUCACAAGAAACCGGUGGGCCUUCUCAAUGUCGAUGGCUAUUAUGACUGUUUACUUCAACUUUUUGACAACGGUGUAAAAGAAGGAUUUAUCAAACAAGAUGCGCGUGAUAUAGUAGUAUCUGCCCCCAACGCGGAAGAGCUUUUGACGAAAAUGGAGCAAUUUACUCCGUCCCAUCAACAUGUUGCACCUCAUGAAAGCUGGCAAAUGCAGCAAUUGGGUAAAUAUCCAAGCCAACAAAAUAUAUGUUAGUGAUUCUCCUCCAACUAUUGUAGGUACACAUAAUAUAUAGAUUGAUUCAGAUAAGAUGGAACAAUCAUUUAAGUUUGUUUAGGAGAAAAAAGAAAAAGAAAAAAAGGUGCCUUCAAACAAAGGCCCUGUUUGCUUGUUUGGUUUUCCUACUCAUUAGAUUUUUCUGAUUCUGGUGAAAUGCUUUUUGCUGCUUGCUUGUAAAUUGUAACUCAUUGGACCUCGAUAUUAUGUUCGUCAAUGCAUAACUUAUAUUAUCUAAUGUUCCAUACUGAUGUUUAUUGCAA